GUAUCAAUUUCCGAAAUGAUAACCUGAAAGAUAUCCUUUUCCCCCGGAUAUCAUGAUAGCGCAUUCUCGAUUCAAGGUGUGUUAGCUUUCCGGAUAUUUGUAAUGGCAAGGAGAGAAUUGUGUCGGACCAUUAUUGAGCAUAAUUUUCCUUCCUCCACAAGUUGAGUUGGCAGAUCCUCGUGAAACAUCAAUUUCAAGGUUUACCGCGUCGCUCUGUUGCAGGUUUAGAUUGGCUGAACCGACUACUAGGUCUGCAAGGCGGCAAGGAAUAUUUCUUUAGUUUUAAUAAUCAACGAUAUAUACCUUCAACGAUUCAUCUUAUCAAGAAAAGAAAUGGCGGACAAAAGCACCCUUAUGAUGUUAACCUAUACCCAACCAACCGUCAGUCUUCCCGAUGAUGAUUUUAAUGACAACACGGACUACUCCGAAAGAAUCAUCUUUUCAAUCGUCUUCAUCGUCAUCAGCAUCACUGGAAUCGUUGGAAAUACUCUCGUGAUCCUAGCCAUCGUUCUCUCUCGCAAACUGAGAUCGACCACCAACUGGUUCGUCUUGAAUCUCGCAUGCGUUGACUUGUUGACUUGUGUCUUCUUGAUCUUCUACGUCGUUGCUGUGCUAAGGCUGGAAGUCCUGUCCUACACGGGUUGGUUGUUAGCUUGGGCAGUCGGUAUCACUUUUACCUCCAUGUUGAGCCUUACCACCCAUGCACUCAUUGGCUUCACUAGUUGGUACCUCAUCAUCAAGAACUAUGCAAAAGCUAAGAAGCUCUUCACAACUCGGAAUAUCUCCAUCAUGGUUGCCUUUUCAUGGCUUAUCACCAUCAUCCUUUGCAUCGUUCUUUUCCUGACUGGAGCAUUCUCUGAAUACGCGGCCCAUUUUGUCACAGGCAUUUGGAUCGUUGGGCAUUUCGCGUUUAUUUUGACUGUCUACAUACAGAUUUGGAGAUUUGUAGCGCAGCAAGAGAAGGAAAUGGCGUCCAAAAGAGGAUUUGGUGCAAAGGCGCAGAGUGAAACUGAGAUGACUACCACCAACGCCUGCGAAAAAUCCGUUGCCAGUGAUCCAGAUCGUACGAUCAGGGAUGCUACCCUCAAACCAACACCCCUUUCAGCAGAGUGUGUAUCAGUUGAGGAAUGCGGGCAAUCUUCCUCUCAUCCUACAAGUCCAGCUGAUGUGUCACCACGAGAAGGAAAGGCGACAACAUUCCAAAAACAGACAGCGCCUAAGCUUAAUCGUAAGACGAUAACUGUUACCAAGAAUCUCUUAGUGAUUCUCAUUGCUUUCACCGUCUGCUUCAUUCCUUAUUCCAUUUGUAUGUUCAUUCCGGACGACUCUCUGGUGGAGCAUUGGCUCUUGGUCCUACUGUUUUCUAACAGCUGCAUCAAUCCCAUCAUUUAUGCGAGAAGGAUUCGUAUUUUUAGGGAGGUGAUGGUAUGCAUCAUACGAUGUAGGCUUGGAACCAUCCCCAUGCCAAUCACGUUUCUUCGGAGAAUGAGAUAG